AUGAAAGAAAUAAAAAUUUGUUCAAAUAAAGAUGAUCUAAUUGCACAGUUGCCAAAUUUUAUAACAAAGAAAGAAGUGGUUGAAGGUGAUAGUGAAAAUUAUCAAGAAAUCACUUCUACAUCUGAAGAUUUUCAGAAAAUUUUUGAUUUUUUUAAAGAAGAAAGAUGUGAUAAAAUUGGUAAAAGUUUAGCAAGUGCUGAGAGAUGUCGUAUUAUUCGUAGAUACAUAACAAAAUUUGAUGUUGAUUUGAAAAUAUCUUCUGAUGAUAAAUACUUAAAAGCUUCAAAUGAUGUUGAUGAAAAAUUUCAUAAGAAAUAUCAAAAAAAUAUAGAUGAUUUAGAAGAUUAUUGUAAAAAUUAUUACAAAUUACGUUUAAUGCAUGAAUUAUUGUUAGAUAAAUAUAUGCCAAAAUUUGAAAGAAAAAUUAUUGUUGAUGAAAAAAAAGAUAACAAUAUCAAGAGUCAUAUAUGUUUAGCUCCAUAUUAUUGUAAAGAAUUAGAUGAUAAACAUUGUUAUUACGAGUAUAUUUCUCCUGAUUUUAAUUUUAAAGAAAUCGUUAAUCAUAUUAAUCAAACUUUUUUACAUGAUAUUAUAUAUGAUUUGUCUAAUCAAAAAGAAAUUAUUGAUGAAGACAGUGGAAUUGUUUGUAAUUUAAAAAAUAAAGAUAAUUUAAAAAAUAAGAUGAAUAUGUUUUAUAAUAAUUAUUUGGAUUUGAAUUUGGAAUUUGAAAUUUUAUUUGAAGACAAUAAAAUAGAUUUUGGUUUAAAAUUUACUUCAAAUGAUUCUUUUACAAAUGAUAAUGAUAAAUAUUGGGAAAAAGAUGAAAAAAAAUUAUAUAAAACUAUAUCUGAUGAAGACUUAAAGACAAACAUCCAGAAUGUACUUAAUAGUUAUUAUAAAGAUUUAAUAACAACAGAUGAAAAUGACUAUAAAAUAAAAGUUGAUUCAGAUGAUGAUUGGAUUAGUGAUAAUGAAUCUGAAGAAGAAAUUGUGGAGAAAAACGAUGAAAAAAAUAUUCAAGUAGAAACAAAUAUAGCUGAUAAAAACGAAGGAAAUGAUAAAAUAUCAGAACCACAACAAUCUCAUAUUAUUAAUAUUGAACCAAUAAAAAUAGAAAAAACAUUACAAGGAUUUCAUACACAAAUAAUUAAAUCAGAAUAUUUAAUGGCUCAUACUAUAUCACGUCAAGUAACAGAAGAAUAUUUUGAAAAAAUUGAUAAACAAUUUUUUGCCCCUUACAAAUUUGAAUUAGAUUUAUUCCAAAAACAAGCAUGUGUAAGUAUAGCAAAUAAUGAAAAUGUAUUUGUUUCUGCUCAUACAUCAGCAGGUAAAACAUUAAUAGCUGAAUUUGCCUGUCGUUUUCAUACACAUGCUUGUCAAAAAGUUUUUUAUACCUCUCCUAUUAAAGCAUUGUCAAAUCAGAAGUACAAUGAUUUUAGGGGAAUUUUUAAUGAUGUAGGUCUUGUUACUGGAGAUACACAAAUAAAUAAAGAAGCAGAAAUUAUAAUUGUUACUACAGAAAUUUUACAAUCCAUGUUAUAUAAUGAUUCACAAAUGUUAAAUGAUUUAGCAUGUGUAAUCUUUGAUGAAGUUCACUAUAUUAAUAAUGCUCAACGUGGGCAUGUCUGGGAAGAAGUACUUAUUAUGUUACCAAAAGAAGUUAAAGUAGUAAUGCUUUCUGCUACUGUACCAAAUUAUAUAGAAUUUUCUGAUUGGGUUGGAAGAGUUUUAAAUGAUAAAGUUGUCUGUAUAACAACAUUAUAUAGACCUGUUCAAUUGAAGCAUCAAAUUUAUGUUGAAGCAUAUAAUAAACAAGAAAAAAAUUUUAUUACUAUUAUGGUUGGUGAUAGUAAAAAUAUUAAUUAUAGUGGAUAUGCUAAAAUGAAUCAAGAAUUAAAUGAAAAAGACAAUUGUAACAAAGGAAAUAAUUCUACAAAAAAAGGGGCUCCAAUAAAAGUUCAAUAUCAAAAUAAAGGUAAACAAGCAGCUAACCGUGUUAUUAGUAAUUUAUAUCAAGCCAGUGGACCAAAUAGUUUAGGUUCAUAUGAUGGUACACAUAGAAAUUUGUAUUCUACUUUAGUAAGACAUUUACAUUUUCCAACAAAUGGAGAGAAAAAAACUCCUAUGGUAAUUUUUGUAUUUUCAAGAAAACAAUGUGAUAAUUAUGUUGCAAUGCUUCAUAAUGUAGAUUUAACAACAAGUGAAGAAAAGUUUCAUAUUAGUACAAUAUUUAAAAAUGCUAAAUCAUUUUUGGAUGAAAAAAGUUUAGAUUUACCACAAAUUAAUUUUGUUGAGGAGUCUUGUCAACGUGGUAUAGCUAUGCAUCACUCUGGAAUGUUACCAUUUUUAAAAGAAAUUGUAGAAAUUGCAUUUUCUAGAGGUUAUGUUAAAGUACUAUUUGCAACAGAAACAUUUGCCAUGGGUAUAAAUAUGCCUACAAAAACAGUUGUCUUUGAUGAUAUUAAAAAAUUUGAUAACUCAAAUAAAAGACUUCUAACACCAACAGAAUAUACACAGAUGGCAGGGAGAGCUGGACGACGAGGUCUAGAUAAAGCUGGUCAUGUAAUAAUACUAGCAAAAAAUAGAAAAUUACCAGACAUUGAAGAUUUAAGAAAAAUAAUGACUGGAAAAUCAGUAACUUUAUCAUCAAAAUUUAAAAUUACAAAUGAAAUGGUUUUGAAUGUAUUUCAAAGAGAGUGCCGUUCUAUAAGAGAUUUUAUAACUAAUUCUUUUGCUGAAAGUGAUACAUUAAGAUUUGUUGAAAAUAUUGAAGAACAAGUUAAAGAAUUAAAUAGAAUGUUAGAAGAAAUUAAAAAUGAUAGAUGUAUUCUUUGUGACAAAGAUGAAAAUUAUUCAACACAUUCUCUUGUACAAACAUUUGCUACAUUGAUUAAAGCUAGACAAGAUUAUAAUAGAUUAGUUCUUGAAGUUUCACCUUUACAACAAUUAGGAGUAGGAAGAGUUAUUGUUGUAGAUAUUCCUGAAUAUCAAUUAAGUCAUGUUUUAGCUAUUGUUGUAGGAAGAAGUACUGAUGAUGUAAAUCUUAUUGUUGUUGCCCAUGAAGAUGAAGGAUAUGAUAGAAAAAAAGAAUUUAAUAUUGGAAAUAUUCGUUUAGAAAAAGAUAAUCUCUUUUUGCAUACAUUAUUAAUGUUUGCCUAUUAUAAUGGUGCUGAAUAUGUAGAUGAUAAAUAUUCUAUACUUAAAAAGAACGAAUUACGAUACAUGAAUAAUGUACCAAUUAAAAAUAUUGUUACUUUACUAAAAUUACAAUUUAAAGCAAAUGAUGUUAGGGAGAUGAUUGAUUUAAUUCACUUAAAAUCUAAAAAUAAAAAUAACUCCAAUUAUAGAAAUAUUGACAAUGCCAAAUUAAAACUUCAACAAGUAUCUGAAAAAUUAACAAAAAUAAAUUUUGAUCCUAAUUUAAUUCUAAAACCUGUCUCUUUAAAAAAUACUGAUUAUUCAUAUUUUCUAGAUAUUAUAACUGAUUGUAAAUAUGAAUUAACUAACAAAAAAUAUCCAUGCUUUGAAUGUAAUGAUGGAUGGAAACAUUAUCAAAAUGCUGUAAAAGAAUAUUUCAUCAUGGAUCGACUUUCAAUGAUAAAUAAUAAAAUGAAUGUUGAAACAUUAGAAGUUUAUGAAGAGUAUAUUAAUAAGGUAAAAGCAUUAAAAAAAUUAGAAUUUCUUGAGAAUGCCUCACGUCAUGAAGAAGAUAAUGAAAGUAAUACUAUAAUAUCUUUUAAAGGGCGUUCUGCCUGUCGAAUGGGAUCUUUCCAAGUAUUAAUAACAGAAAUAAUAUACAGAGGAUUAAUAAAGAAUAAAUCACCCGAAUACAUUGCUGCAAUGAUUGCAAUUAUAGCUUCAGAAGGAGACAGAGAAUUUAAUGAAAAUAAAGAAUGUGAUGAGAAUCUAGAAAGAGCUCCAAUCGAAGAGUUAGAAGAAAUACAAAGUGUUUUUAAAAUGGUACAUGAUCAUAUAAAUGAGGCUUUUGUUUACUAUCAAACACCUAAUAAUGAUCUUAUUGAAACAUACUCUCCAAGUAUGAUGGAAGUUGCCUAUUUAUGGAUGAAAGGUGUGUCUUUGUCAGAUAUUAUGAAAAUUCAUACAAUUCCAGAAGGAAAUAUUGUUAGAAAUCUCAGAAAAAUUUGGGAUCUAUUUAAUGGUAUGAAGAAAGUGUUAGAGCAUAUGGGAUCAAGAGAUGAAGCAGCGAAACUAGAUGACAUGAGUAAGAAAAUGGCUCGAGAAAUCAUGUCUGAAAGCAAUAAUACUAAUGUCAAAAGUGAAAGUGCCGAAGAUAAAUUCACUUUUACUGAAGAUGAAAAGAAAUUAACUAUUGCUUUUCUCCAAUUUGUUCGUAAUAAGGUUUCAGAUAUUCAAAACUUGCACAGUGGUACUCUUCAAUUAGCUGAUGAAUUAACUCAAUCUCUUGAAUCUCUUUUUCAAAUAAAGGAUAUUGAUUUUGCUUUUGAACCAUCGACACCUUUAUUAAAUUCAUUUAUUGAAGGUGAACGUAGUUUUAAAGAAAGAUUAGCUUCAAGAAGUUCUGAAGAAGUUGCUAGUGAAGCAGAAUCUUUAAAAGAGAAAGGAAAUAAUGAACUCCAACAAACCAACUUCGAUAAAGCAUUGGAAUAUUAUAAUGAGGCUAUUAAACUUAACCCAAAACCAGUGUACUUUUGUAAUAGAGCUGCAGCAUAUUGUAGAAUUGGAAGACACGAUAGAGCUAUACAUGAUUGUCGUGUUGCUAUUGGUUUAGAUCCAAAUUAUGGAAAGGCUUACGGUAGAUUAGGUUUAGCUUUGUCCUGUAAUCAUCUUUAUGCUCCGGCUAUUGAAGCAUAUAAAAAAGCAAUUGAAUUGGAACCAGAAGUUCAAUCAUAUAAAUCUAAUUUAGAAAUGGCUGAAGCUAAUUUGAAAAAAAUGAAUGAUAAAAAUUCCGGUCAAGGAGGAAGAGGUGGUGGACUUUCAAAUAUGGAUGAUAUUAUGAGCUCAAUUAAUCGUAUGGUUGGUGAGAAUGGCAUGCCAGAUUUAUCUAUGGCAGCAAAUUUCUUUCAAAAUCCACAAUUUACAGAAAUGGCCAACAGGUUUCUUUCAGAUCCAGAAGCAAUCAAUAUGGCUAAUAAUAUGUGGGGACCACUUUUAAGAGGUGAAGCAGGUGCUGGUGCAGCUGGAGCUGGAGCUGGACCAGGUGGUAAUUCGUUUAUGGAUAUGGUAAACAACUUCAGAGAUUACAUGCAGAACGCCAAUCCAGAUGUCUUUGAGAAUUUGAGAAAUAUGGGAGCAAAUCAACAAGGAGGACAGAAUAACGGAAGUAAUAAUGAUGAAGCUGGUGGAAAUGGACAAAAUUAA